AUGGAACCAAAAAACGUUUUAAAAAAUCUAUAAGCAAACAAUAAUUUCGAAGUAUUAGUAAUUGGAGCUGGAGCAGCUGGCUUAGGUGCAGCUAAAUACCUUAAAAAAGCUGGAAUUAAAGCUAAAAUUUUAGAGGCAAGAGAUAGAAUAGGUGGCAGAGUGCAUGCAGUUCCGUUUGGAUCAGAUAGUAAGUUAAUAGACCUAGGUGGUCAGUGGAUACACGGACUGGGUCCAAGUGCAGGGGAUUUGAAAGACUGGCAAGGGAAGUUGAAUCCAAUCUACCAGAUAGCUGUUGAUAACAAUAUUUAGACUGUGAAGGCUUGGCAUUUAUAGUCAAGAAUUCAGAAAAACUUCUGGUACAAAGGGGGUGAAAUACCUCAUGAUAUUUGGGGUAUACUUGAGCAAGUAGAGGACUACCUAGAAGAGCAUAAUGAAGAAGCUGAUGAAAGUGAAACAAUAGAUCAGUUCGUUAAAAGAAAGUUCAAUUAUGAGAAAGGUUCAGAGGAGGAGAUGAUUUUGGAUUGGAUUUUAAUUUACCGAUUCGGCUAAGAUUACGGAGCCAAUCCCAAAAAUUAAUCAGCAAGGUAUCAGGAAGAAGAUAUCAUCUUUGACGGCACAGAGGACCUGAUUCCUGAGUCAAUGUUAAGUAUCUUAAAUAUUGUCGCUGAGGGUUUAGACAUUAUGUUUAACUAGCAAGUGACUGAGAUUAACUAUGAGAGAGACUAAGUCGUUGUUAAAACAAAGGAAGGAAUUGAGUACUUUGCUUAAAAAGUGAUAGUGUGUGUACCCUUGUCCAUAUUAAAGGCAAAGGAUAUAUAGUUUAAACCAGUACUACCUGAAGAAAAGUAAAAUUCUAUAUAGUCAAUGGGUGUUGCUCAGAUGGAUAAACUUAUAUUAGAAUUUGAUAAGGUGUUCUGGGAUGAAGAGACUGAUUGGUUUAACUAUAUUGCUGAGAGAAACGGGGAUUGGUGCUAGACUUUAAACAUUUAUAAGUAUUUCUAGAGGCCCAUACUUAUGAUGUUUAAUGCUGAGCCAAACACGCACAAUUUUGAAGACAUGACUGAUGAAGAGGUCCUAGCCUCGGGCAUGAAAGUUAUCAGAGAUAUGUUCCCCAAUGCUACUGAGCCGAUUAAUUAUCUUAGAACAAACUGGAAUAAGGAAGAAUUCUCAAAGGGUACAUUCUCAUAUAUAGCAGCUAAUUCCAAGCCUGAAUAUUGUGAGGUGAUAACAAGGAAUAUUGACAGCAAGAUAUGGUUUGCAGGUGAGUACGGCUAUUUCGAUUUUAUUGGCACUGUAAAUGCUGCCUUAAUCUCUGGGGAGAACUCAGCCAAGGAGAUAGUUAUCCAAUACAACAAGAAGACAGAGGAAAUUUGUCAGCACUUCUAUGAAAAUGAUAUGUUUUUAUGA